AUGCAAGUGGGAUACAUACAGUCAUUUCAGUGCCCCACAAACUUGUAAAAUGUGCUGUAAUGGAGUCUGUAAAUUUUUCUUUGUUUCUGGGUCAGAUCAUGUAAUGUGAUUUCCAUUAUGUUGUGAGUACACCAAAAGCAGCAAAAGUAUGUUUUGGAUCUGGCUGUCAACGUGAUGUUAUGGGAAAGCCAAUAUCAAGACACGGAAUACAAUUCACAACUGAAAAAUUUGUUAAUAUAGGCCCAGCAUCUUAUGAAGUGAAAAUUGAUCUUCUAUUACACAAGCCUAUGAGUAUAUAUGGAGUUGGCCCAGGAGCCAGAAAAGCACCUAGGUUCAAGAUAAAGUAUCCAGUGGUCCCAUCACCUCAGAAGUACUACCUGAAAAGCUGCAUUGCACCAUCAACUCCAGCUCAAGCUCCAUUUAACUCUGAUGUACAGCGUAUGAAAACACAAGUAAAUCUCAAUCCUGGUCCAGGCACAUAUAAUCCACAAAAUAAAAAAAGUCAAAUGGCUUUUCUUCAUAGUUUUGGAGGAAAGAAGAGAAUCCUUCCUCAUGUGGAUGUAAGAUGUGUGUACACCAAAGAUGAGUGUUCAUUCUGCCACAGACACCCUUGUGGAGAUUAUUGGCACUUUAAGUACUCAGAAUUCAUGUGUCAACAAUGUAUGCAAAAAGUCAAAAAGGGAAUAGCUCAUCUCAUUCCCUUAGGGAAAGUGGACCAAUUCAGAAGAGUUCGAGAUUGUUCUUUCUUCCACAAGCAUCAAGGGUCAGAAGCUGCAGUCAGACUAAUGUCAGCAAAUAAAAUAAAACAGCUUGAAGUAAAAGAAGCCUACUUGAGUCAAUUUUUUAAAUAAAGGAUAUUUAAAAUAUAGUUUCUUCCAGUGCUACUGUAUCUUUGGAAUUACAGAGGGUUAGCCAAAUCAUUACUUCAUUUACAAAAAAGUUCAUGUAUUUUCUUUUUCAUUUUAAUGUAAAUAUUAUAUAUCCAUUCUCUAGAAAGAGCUAAUAAAAGCUGAAAACCUAAUAAGUUAAUAUUGCUUACAGGGUGGAUCAUAAAUGAGGAAAAAUUUUCUGUGCAUCGUGUCACACAUUGAGCUACAAAUAGGAAAUUGUUUUACUCUUGUUCGCCUGUUUAUAAAUGGCAAUGCAACUGAAUUCAAAAACAAAAUCAAGAAACUGUAUGUCUGGUUAAUCCAGGUGGAAAAGAGUGGCAAGAUUACAGAACUUGCUCUUGUUAUAAACAGUAUUUUUUCUUGCUCCAUUGGCCAUUCUUUCAUUUAUAGCUGAAACUUUAUAUGAUU